CGUGACUUCAGGAGCAGAGCUCUUGGUCUGGUAUGGGGACGAAUACGCCAGACAUCUGGGAAUCGGAUUUGAUAGACUGUGGAACAACAAGAGCUCUACUAAGGAGGGAAAUCCCAGCUGACACCAGCACAGGCUUUCCCCUGUCCCGAGUGUCCGUACUCCUACACGUCUCAGAUCUUCCACCACAAACACAUGAAGAGGAGCCACGGCGACCUGUACGGCCGACUGCUGAGGAGUGGAGAAAUCAAGGUGGAGCCUAGUCUCCUCCCAUACGUCGCAGCCUCCUAUCAAGAACCAAUCAGAGCCUCCCCGGGAACCGUCCAAAGCACGAGCCAGAUUCCAGCAGAAGGAGCCGGACGCCACAGAUGUGAGAAGUGCAGUAAAACCUUUAGUCGCUCUGAUAGUCUGAAGAGACACCAGCGCAUCCACACGGGAGAGAAACCAUACCACUGUAAACAGUGUGGGGAAACAUUUAGUCUAUCUGGUGAACUGAAGAGACACCAGCGCAUCCACACAGGAGAGAAACCAUACCACUGUAAACAGUGUGGGAAAACAUUUAGACAGUCUGGUCAUCUGACUGUACACCAGCGCAUCCACACAGGAGAGAAACCAUACCAAUGUAAACAGUGUGGGAAAACAUUUAGUCAGUCUGGUGAUCUGAAGAAACACCAGCGCAUCCACACGGGAGAGAAACCAUACCACUGUAAACAGUGUGGGAAAACAUUUAGUCAGUCUGGUGAUCUGAAGAAACACCAGCGCAUCCACACGGGAGAGAAACCAUACCACUGUCAACAGUGUGGGGAAACAUUUAGUCUAUCUGGUGAUCUGAAGAAACACCAGCGCAUCCACACAGGAGAGAAACCAUACCACUGUAAACAGUGUGGGAAAACGUUUAGUAGAUCUGAUACUCUGAAGGAACACCAACGCAUCCACACAGGAGAGAAACCAUACCACUGUAAACAGUGUGGGAAAACAUUUAGUCAAUCUGGUCGUCUCAAGCGUCACACACAACUUCACAGAGGAGUCUCCACCCAAACAACCAUGUGAAGAAACUAAAUGGUUCCCAGACAUCUGUUAUUCAGAUCUAAUCGAACAUGGUCCUUGCUGUUAUAUGUUAAAAGGGCACAUGAACGGUUAAUUGUUUAUCUUAUCAACUUUAUGUAUUUAUUUAUAUUCAUGUCUGUAUGAGUGAAGGUUUUUACCCGAAAAAUAGUUUGAGAGAGAUAAUGUUAACUGAAUUAUUCUCUGACGUCAUUGUUAUAUUUAUUACAUUUGUAUGUAUUUAUUUAUUUAUCCUGUAGAAAUUCAAAUAAAAUCAGAUAUGCAGUGUUGAGAUGUCUGGUUUUGUCUGGAUAGAAUAGAUGCAGUCCAACAUGUUGGUGAAUUAUAUUUGAUAUGCUGUUAUGUAUAACGUAGAAUUCAAAGGAUGAGCUGAGGUCCCGUUACUGACCACCAGAGGGAACCACAGCUCCACGAAGAUGUUCCCCUUCCCCGGAUUCAGUGACAUUUUGAAUUAAUUAUUGAUAAUUAUGUUUCAAUCUUCCAAUAAUAAUUACUAUUCACCGUCCUUCAAUGGAAGUGAGAAAAAAAAGGAUGUCUGAUUUAAACCGUUGAAGAGGCCUGUGAUUUGGUAGGCUAAUACAGUGAACAAAUGAUAGAUAUAUCAACCAGUGGCGGUGGGUCAAUAGAGGGCGCUAGGGCGCCGCCCCUCCGUGAAAUAUUCACUUCAAUAUACAAAGCUGCAAACUUGUCGCUUUUCUGCGACAAUCGCCGUUUUCUUGGUCUAU